AACGGUAGUGAAGUGAUUAUUGAGCACGCCAUCGCCAGUAAAAUGUAAAGCAAAAUGGUGGAAUAGUUUGCAGAACGUAGUACAAACAAAAAAUCGACAAGGAGCAAUCCCUAGACGUCUUUAACAACUCUACGAUAUCCGAUAGUUUACGGAUUUGGUUCAUCACUUGCGUUGAUCAGAAAUUUAAUAUUUGUUGUGCUGUGUGAUCGGAGAUGGAUUCAAACGAAGGUUUCGACAUGAAAUCAUGUCGAAUAUGCUUGUCCACGAAGAAGCCAUUGUGCCCACUCUUCAGGUACAAACUGUCCGGUAAUUAUGCUGAAAUGCUUACAGCGAUCGCUGAUGUAAAGGUAGCAUCUAAUGAUGGCCUACCAGACCGUAUUUGCCAGAAAUGCUGUACAGCGUUGGAAAAGGCAUAUCUUCUCAAAACCAUUGCUGAAAGAACUGAUAGAAAAUUACGAAAAAUGCUUGUUAAAAUGUCUCAAGCCGUUCCAACUAAGAAGAUUGCAUUUGAUUCAUUUACGGAUAUUAAGAGUGAGAUUGGUCCAUUGACAGUGAAAGCGGAACCUAAAUGGGAGUUAGAAGUAGACUUGAACAGCAGUGUGAAGCCAGUAGAAUCAAUAGAAGGCAAAGAUAUAGUAAUAGCAAACACAGUAAUAAGAAAAGUGGAUGGUACUGAAGAACAAAAAGAGGAGUCAAAAAGUGACAUUUGCUCCGAUAAGGUAGAUUUAACAUGGUCAUCCAAUAAAUCUAAAACUCAGAGCAGUGAUUAUGACACUGAAUAUUUAGAUGAUGAUUUAUUUCAAGAUGAUGGCAAUGACUCUGAUUAUGAACCCUUAUCAGAAAAACAACAAAGAAGUGCCAAGUUUAAAAAGCCUAAAUUGUCAGACAUUAAAGUUUUCAAAGGCAAAAAAACAGUUGUCAGAAAAGUUAAAAUCCUAAGCCAAAUUAAAACUGAAAAGGAAGGAAGGGAAAAAAGUGAAGGGAGAACUAAAUCUACCACUAUUACUUGUUAUCCUAUAAUGAAAAAUGGUUCCAGAGGUCCACCAAUCUUGCUAAAGAGACCCAAAGAUGCAACAAUACUAAAAGUACAUCCUAAUUACAAGAAACCAGGUCCUUCUGGAGAUGGGAAACCCAAAGACAAGUCUGUACGUGUAGUCAGAACUGCUAAACCUGUUGUGAAGCAGAGAGAGAAACUUGUGUGCCCCAUUUGCGGCAUACUUACAUAUACUCUUGGCAACCAUAUUGCUACCCAUCAGGAAAAGAAGAAGUUUAACUGCUCGCAAUGUUCGCGGACAUUCUCGCAAAAAGGCAAUCUUAUGGCUCAUAUGAAACAGCACACUGGGAUCAAGGACUUUAUUUGUGACAUUUGUGGUGCUGGGUUCUAUAGCCAGAAAUCUCUAGUCAGGCACAACCUGAUCCAUAAAGGCGAAAGACCUUUCGCAUGCAACUUGUGCACUAAGAAAUUCAUUGCUAACCAGUCGCUCCGGCGUCACAUGAGAAUUCACACGGGGGACAAACGGUUCGUCUGCGACAUCUGCAAUAAGGGCUUUACACAAAGCCACCACCUGCAGAACCAUACGCUCGUUCACACUGGCGAUAAGCCGUUCACGUGCGAGGUAUGCAAUGUUGCAUUCAGCUACAAGGUGAAUUUAAACAAUCACGUAUUCAAAGUGCAUGGUAUCAAUUUGAAGUUCAAAUCUAUCCACAUAGUGACGGAGGAUAUUCUACGUCGCGAAAUGGGUAUGGCAAACGAGACACGCAUGGCAAUAAUGCAAAUCGCACCACAAAUGUCCGAGGUACCUCCACCUGCUGCCCAUGAGACUGUACAUCAUACUUCAGAAUACAAUUAAACUUACAUAAUUGUGAAUAGCGUUUUUUAAAGCAAACAUUUAGUACGACAAUGAUAUUGAUUAAAUUGCGGACUUUACUAAAUUCCUUGUUUACAAAUAUAACUGUGGGGCCUACUAUGAGCUUAAAUUGAAUUACCUGUGAAAUUCAUAUUACGACUUCACAAAAACAGGGCAGGUAAAUUAAUUUUAAAAAAUACGUGCACAUUUGACCUCCAUCUCACCUGAUGGAUAGUGACCAUGAGGUCAACGAUGAAGCAUGCACACUUAAAUCAUAGCAAAGCACUUUGACCGUUCAAUCUCAUAGUCAAAUCGGAUCGUGACGGGUCAUUUAUAUUUUAUCGUGUAAUGCAAACUGGUCUCAGCUGUCAAAAUAAGCAAUUCCAAAAAGAUACACGCAUUUUUUGAAAAAAUUAUUUUUUCUAUCCUCUAAGUGAAAAAUGGAAGGUUUUGUGUUUAUUGGUUUCACAAGAUGUCGUUUUUAGUUUGAUUACAUUUACUGGUUCUUAAUUUUUUACAUCGUAUCGUAUAUAACCAGAAAUAGAGACGAAAUGUCAUUUAAUUUGUUUGAAAACUAUUCUGCCAUAUCAUUACGGUGAC